UCGAUUAAUAUGGCAAUGAAUGACACGGGUAAGUGUGAUGUUCUCGUAGUCUCGCAGGAUUCAGCGAGAGCUGAGAUAGUUGGAAUGUGUGUCAAGUCUAUAAUGGACGAGCAAGUCGACAUGGAUGUGGAUCUGGAAGUAGACAAUCCAAACCCUGAAGCUCUACAUCUGGUGGACAUUGAGUUUCUGGUCGAAGAUCUGGCUGUAAGCUCCGAAGAUCACCCGGUGAUCGUCAAGCAGGUCCAGCACUCCUGCGCAAUUCAGCCUCGAACUUCUGAAGUGAUCAAGGUGCCCCUCCAGUUUGCUUACAAGAACGUCAAGCCACCGGGAAACAGUGGACCUGGGAAUCCCAGCAGGAGUGGAAGCGCAGGAAGGAUUAUUCCAUUCACGAUUCGAGCGAGGGUGAAUUGUUUCGAGGUCAUCCGUGGGAUGUUUGCCAUCACCAUCUCCAAGCUAAAGCAGUUCCUCACCAUUGUCGAUGACAAGCUUGGCAUUGGGAAGCUCCGCAACUUUGUUCCUCCCACAGGGAUGCUCAAUGGAUCGCGCUUCGUGAGAAUCACUCCGGACGAGGUCAUGCUCAGCCUUGAAGCUCGAGUCAAGAAUGGGAAUCCUCUUCCAAUCCAGCUUGUCUACACGAACGUUUCCAUGGAGAUGAACAACAAGCUCCUCGAUGUUCAGAGGAUCGACCACAACAUGACGCUCUCGGCUCGAUCGUCACGAAAGGUGACGAUACCGUACACUUUCUCGCUCAAGGAUCACUUGGGUGAGCACGGGGGGCUGGAACCAGGAACAGUGGUGCCGUACUCCGUCAAGCUCGAGUACUGGUUCAAGGAGAACUUCCACGGCAUGUACAAGGUUUCGGCUGAAAAGACUGGUGAGCUCCCCGUGCCAGCCAGAUCCACCGCCAAGAUCCAAGCCGCCUCGUUCAACUUCGACGAGCUGGGCCGACCCAUCGCUAAAGUUUGCAUGAAGCUCGAGAACAGAAACACUUUCAGCAUCAAGGUCACCAAGCUCAAGUGUGAGAUCAUCCGAAACUCGGAUGGGAUCUGUGCCGCGACAGCGGAGGAUGCAUUCGUGGAGACGGAUCGAGCGAUGGAAGUCGAAGCUGGCGGGAAUGGCAGCAUCUGGAUGGUAGCUUCGACCGGGACGAGCGAGGAGACGUUUGGAUCGGCGUUAUGGGACGUUUUCGCUGGAGACUAUAGUCGCUUCACUGUGCUGGCCACAGUAGAGAGCGAGACAAAAUUUGGAAAGAUGGUAUCUUAAGAUCAAAUAUAACUAAGGAAAAUUAAAGAAA